AUGGAAGGGCACGUGUUGGGGAGGAUGAGGAGGAGGGAUCACCUGCUGCUCAUGGAUGCGCAUGGCGCGGCGGCGGUGCAGACGCCAAUGGAGCCCAUGGAGUUCCUGUCCCGGUCGUGGAGCGUGUCCGCGUCGGAGAUUUCCAGGGUGCUCACCGGCGGCGUCGGCGGGAGGCGGAGCACCAACUUCGUCGUCGACCGCCUCUCCGGGAAGCUCAUGCCGGAGACGCUCGCGCUCGCCGCCGCCUCUGGCACCAACCUAAGCCCCCGCAAGCGUAAUUUCAGGUGCAGGAGCGCCAUCUCCGCGGCGGCGCACCAGCACACGAUCGGGAGGUGGUUCCACCACAGGGACGGGAGCAGCAGGGUCGACAAGGCCCGCGCCGAGCGGGCGCGCGUGCACGCCGCGGUCACCGUGGCGAGCGUGGCGGCUGCCGUCGCAGCCGUGGCCUCCGGCGCCGCGAACCCGGGCGACCUCGACGAUGCCAAGAUGGACGCCGCGCUGGCCUCCGCCACGCAGCUGCUUGCCUCGCACUGCAUCGAGAUCGCCGAGCUCGCCGGCGCCGACCACGACCAGGUGGCAUCCGCGGUGGAGGCAGCGGUCGACGUGCGGAGCCCCGGGGAUCUCAUGACCCUCAGUGCCGCCGCAGCCACAGCUCUGAGAGGAGCGACGGCGCUGCGGCUUAGAGCGCAGCGGGAGGCGAGGAGCAAGGCGGCCGUGGCGCCCUACGAGAAGGCCGGAAGCUGCCGCGGGGACGUAUGGUGCAAGGAAGGGACGCUCCUCAAACGCAGCCGGAAAGGCGCUUUGCACUGGAAGCGAGUGGCCGUGUACAUCAACAAGAAGUCGCAGGUGAUCGUGAAGCUGAAGAGCAAGCACAUCGGCGGCGCCUUCUCCAAGAAGAAGAAGAGCGUCGUGUACGGCGUCCACGACGACAUGCCGGCGUGGCCGGCGCGCGCGUCGGGCGGCGGCGUGCCUCCCGCUUCGGAGUCGGCGGUGGCGGAGAAGUUCCACUUCGGGCUGAGGACGGCGCAGGGCGUGGUGGAGUUCCAGUGCGAGAGCAGGGAGCAGAAGCAGGACUGGGUGGAGUCGGUGAAGAAUCUGCUCCGGCAGGCGGCCGGCGGGACGGCUCAGCUCGAGCACUCGUUCGAGUCGCUCCGGCUUAGCUCCUCGUAAAUGUGAAAACCCAGUGAAUUCGUUUUCGUUUGGUGUAAAUUUACCCGUCGAGAUCCCUUCGUUGCCCGCUCGUUUUAUCGCAAAGGGAGCAGCUGAGGUGUUGGAUUGGAGCUGAAGAAUAAAAUGUGCAGA